UUUGGGCGUUGACUGAAAUCAAAUUGAUAGAUAAUUAUCACUCAGUAUUUUUAUUUAAUUUAAAAUGUUGUUGGUUUAAAUUUUAAACUUAUAUAAACUACGAUUCUUUUUCUUGAUUUCCAAACGAUUAAAGAGCCGCCAACCAGUGUACCAUUUAAUAUUACUGUAUUGACAAAGGCGUUUACUAAAUUUACGUGAAGCUAUAACUGGAGUUUGGACUGGUAUUCAAUAUGUCUAAGCAAGAAGUAAAACUUUGCCUGCUUGGGGAUUCUGGUGUUGGAAAGUCUAGUAUUGUUCAGAGAUUUGUUAACAAUACCUUUAAUCCUUUGGCUGAAAGCACAAUUGGUGCUUCAUUUAUGACAAAAAAUUUUCAUGAAGAUAGUCACACUUACAAGUUUAACAUCUGGGACACUGCUGGCCAGGAGAGGUAUCGGGCAUUGGCACCUAUGUACUAUCGAGGUGCAGGAGCAGCAAUUAUAGUGUAUGAUGUAACAUCAGCACAAAGUUUUGAAUCAUUGAAAGGCUGGGUUCGAGAGUUGCAGCAUCAUGGGCCCCCAGGUAUUGUUUUAGCAAUUGCAGGGAAUAAAUGUGAUCUCGAAGAUUACCGAGAAGUGUCAUAUCAGACUGCUAAAAACUAUGCAGAUGAGAUAGGAGCACUAUUUGUUGAAACCAGUGCUUUGACAGCUGUCAACGUAAAUGAAAUUUUUCAAGAAAUUUCUAAAAAGAUUCCCAAAGAGACAGUACCUCAUUUAGUGGAACAUUCUCUUCAGCUUCACCCAGGUCAAAAGAAAAAAAAGUGUUGUUGACUUUGUCCAUACUCAUAACAGCCAGAAGAACAGUUUAAUUUGAAGUGCCUUUGGUGUACUAUAUAUACGAACAACUAGAAUACUGAUUUAGGACUGUGCAGCUGUGUUCUCAAGUAACUACAUUUAUGUAGCAGCAAUUCUCUAUUAGUUCAGUAUUUGAUUCUAUAUUCUAAAGUGGUAAUGUGUAUAUGAUUUUAUUGAUUUUUACAUGAUAGUUUUUUUUGUUCUUGUUAUCCAUUAUUUUCAAAUUGUGUAAACAGAUAACUUGUACAUUUGAAUACAAACAUGAGUAUUGAAUAACAGCAAGACAUGAGUAGUUCUUUAAUAAGUGUAACAUUGUGUUGUUUGUAAGGAGUUUAAGACAUUGAAGACUUUUUACAUAUAAUUAUAGGCCUCAGUAUUAAAAUAGGGGUCAAGAUAACUGUUUUUUUUGUAAUGGCAAUGAUAAAUGUUAACUUUAAUUGUAAAACUGGUUGAAUAGCUUUUGUUGAAUAAUAUUUUUAGAAGAAAAAGAAAAACAUGUUUUUGUCUUGGGAACUUAUAGUACUUUUAUUUCUUAGAAGUUUCAAAAAGAUGUGAUUAUAGAUUGUUUAGUCAUGCAGCAUUGACAGGCUUUAAAAUUCACAUUUUUAUUCCAAAAAAUAUAAUUUGCAUAUUUUGCCUUUUUAAGUAAAAUAUUUUUUAAUAUUGUUGCCAAAAUUGUGCAAAGCCAUGACGCAUUGAUAAGAAAGAGAUUUUUAAACUAAAAAUGAAUAAUUAUGUACUGUUGUAAAAUCUUGUUAAUAUAUGAACAGCUUUAUGGUUUUGUAUUUUAGAGAAUACCAUAUAUAUAUAUAUACUAAACUUGUUAGAUCAUUCUUGUAAACUUCAAUGCACAUUUUGUAACACAGCUGUAAAAGCUAUUUAAAUACCAGUCACUUCAUAAUGUGUUUAGUUUGAAGAUUUCAUUCCUCUCAUUAUAUAUGUAUAUCUUGCAUUAUGUGAUCAAUUGAUAUUACUAAGUGUAAUCUAUCCCUUGAGUCAAUGUGGAGUUGUGAAAGUUGAUAUAUUUAUUUACUACUAGUUGUCAUGAUGUACGAGAAGGUUUAGGUUAUAGGAAGUAACACUGUUACUUGAAUACAAAGUAUACACUUAUUGCUGUUUACAAUACUAUAGAGAGAGAGAGAGAGAUUAGAAAAGCACUGAUACCUGUAUAUUUCUUCAUAUACUUUUUGUGUAAAUGAAGAUUGUGUUGAAGUUUUUCACUAGUGUGUAAUAAAGCUAGAUGGGUAACUUCACAAAAGACUCAUGGAGAAGUUUCAAGUAGUAUCUGACCAUGUGUAUACUGAUUGUUGUAUUUUUUACCAGGCCUUUAAAUCAUAUUAAUUUGGGCAGAAAUUAGGUAUGGACCUGAUUACUAUCUGCACCUUUAGCAUGUUGAAAAAUGAGUAGAUCAAAGCUUCUAAAAAAUUUGGAGUUUACAGAGCUUUCAACCUUUUAUAAUACUACUACACAGGAAUAUAAAGUUUAUAGACUAAUAAAGGUCAGUGAGAUUCCUUCUUAAUUUCUCAGACAGUAUUUAAUAUUGUAUUUUAUACACUUUUAAUUUGUUAUAAAUUUUAAUACAUUCUGUAUUUGUGGUGGAUAUUAUAAGUUUUCCUGUAAUUUCAAAUGACCAUCAGUCACUUAAUUCAGUGUUUCUGGUUUAGUUGCAUUAGCCUUGAAACUGAAGACUAGUUCUGGUUAAGAGUUGAUUUAUAAAUUGUUUCAUUAGUAGUCUUUAAUCCAUAAUGUGUAUUCCUCAUUAGUGAACUUCAGUGGCAUGUCUUAAGUAUUCACACUAAACUAUAUGAUAGAAGGGGUGAGAUCUCACCCUUGAUCUAAUAUUGUAUUUGAUAAAGGUUCAUGUGGUAUAUUUAGUAUACCCAAAUAGGGCUUACUUAAAUGUUCUUGCAUUGCAAACCAACAUCCUUAUAUUUGUUAUAAUCAAGGUAACAUUAUAGUGACAAUAACAAUAUUGCUGAACUCCAUCAAGAAAUACAGGGAAAGUUAGAAAAAUGAAGUCAUAUAUCUUUAGACAUAUGUUAGACUGCAGUGAAAGUGAAAAAAGUACAUUAAGAAUUAAAAAGUCUGUCAUUGAAGCAUUUGACUCCAUCUCUAACACUGAAACAGUCUGCGGUUUUAUAGAUCACAUGAAAAUAUUUACAAUAUUUUUUUCAAGUGUAUUGGAUGGUUGUAAACUUUGCAUAAAACUACAAUUACGGGAACUGUAUGUCCUCAAUAAUGAAGGUAUUGAGUAUUGUUUUAAAACUAUUUUUCAAUCUUUGAAAUUAAACCAGCAGUAAAUGUUUUUGUUUAGAAAUGAAGUUAUUUGUGAAGACAUACAAUUUUAUUAUACAUGUUACUUUACAUGUGGACUGACUUUAGUUUUGUACAUUGUGAGAAAUUAACUGAACAAGAAUGUUAAUUAUGGUGAGAUUAACUUUUUUUUUAUAAACCUGUUCGUUGUGUUAGUUAUUAGGUCUUUAACAACAAUUGAUGAAUAGAACCUCAGGGAUAAUUCUUUUUUUUCAGUGUGUUAUGUUAGAAACUUUGGAUAGCCAUGGUAUUUUCUUUGUAAGAGUACUGUCAUUUAUUUCACUUUUAAAACACAUUCCCCAUAUGGUUUUUGUUUUUAUUCAUAUUGAUGUUGUUACAAACCAAACAUUCUGGGUUUCAAUUUGUGCAGCAUCUGAGAUAUACUAUUAAAAAGGAGGGGGAUACACUUGCUGUACUAAGUUAAUGAAAAUCAAAUAUACCCACCCUUGUUAAGCAAACCAGCUCUUCUUAGUAAUAUUUACCCAAGUUCCAGAAAGAGACUAUUACAUGACCUAAAUAUAUGAAAUUUUGAUGAAUUAAUAGGUUUUCUUAAUAUAUUAUUUUUUAUUGAUUGAUUCAGUUUAAUUUUCAAAAAAUAAAAUGAAUUGUUCCCACAUUCCUAAGAACUAUAUCAAAAUAUUUAUUUCAUUUGCACUAUAGUCCUGUUGCUAUGAAGGAAAAUUUGUGUGUUUCAGUAUAGUCAAUACACAUAUUGAAAUAGAGGUACCUUGUAAUAAAGAUACAAAUAUAAGUGUUAUUUCAAAUGUAAAAAUGCUAAAAAUCUUGAAUACAGAAUGAGGUUAUUAGUAUUUUUAUUACAAAAAGUUAAUUCUGUAAGAUUGACACGUGAAGAGACAAAGAUGUUACAUGAGAUUUUUUACUUCUGUUACAUUAAAACAGACUUUCACUAUUUAUGAUCUCACAAUAGAAUGAGGAGGAAUAUUGUAGUUUACUUGUUUCAUGAGUGAGUUUUACUUAGUAGUUUUCAUGCAGUUUUUCUAGUCUAAGGUAGAAUUAAGCCACCUACAACCAGCUAGGCCCUCAGGUGUUUGUUGACACAUGAUUUUACACUUCCAAAAGGGGAGCUUUUAUAUGAAAGAAAUUAAAAGGACCAAGUGAUGAAAUGUUUUUUCAUAGAUUAUAAGUUUCAUUAUGUUGACUCAUUAAAAACUAAAUACACAGUAAUUGCAUUACAUUAAUGUUAGCCAAGAACGUUCUUCAUUAUUUUUCUGAGUGCCCAGUAUGAAUGUUUUUAAUAUUUACUAAUUUCUCAAACACUAUAGUGUAUGAAGAUACUAUUGUGUAUCUUCAAAGUUCCUGUUUUUUCUGUAGCAGAACUAAUAAUGCAAGAAUUUUUAAAAUAUUACCAGUCAUCUUGUGAUUAGUUUUAACAUAGUAUCCAAAGUAAUGUGGAAAAUUUAAUAGUUUUGGUAAAAUUAAAAGGCUUCUUGGAGAGGUUUAUAAGAUAAAAGUGAAUGUAAGUAACACUGAAAUGUACAAAACAUUUUGAAAAAUGAGUAGUAUUAUCAUUAUGAAGGCCAGUUCUUAUUUUUCUAUAUAUACUGGAAUGAACUCUUAAGUGUAUUUUUAAUAAUCUUAGUAAUUACUUCUAAAUAUUUUGCUCAAGAAGUUAUUACUACAUUUAAUAGGUGGUUUGCUGGAAUAUUAAGCAGUAGUUUAGCUUAAUGCUAUAUAAACAGUUAUUGAAUCAGAGCACUGGAGCUGGUUGUGCUUAUUAUUGUUAAUGUAACUCCAAAUUAGUGCUCCUUGACAUUGUUAUUAAUUUAUGUUUCAUUGAAAUAUUUGUAUACUUCACUUGUAAUAAUAUAGAUUUCUUAUUUGUGGACAAUUUUAUAUAGUUGCAGUUAAAAUCUUCAACUUAGUGGUCCCCUUUACUGCCAGACUAUCAUUUUUCAUUUUAAGUAACUGGAUAAGUAAUAACAAGGGGCUUAUUUUAUACAUGUUAUAUUUAUAGGACACAGAGCUGUUAUGUUAGAAAAAUAUUUAAAGUGGUAUAUUGAAUUAACCACUAAAAAAUGUUUUAACAGCAAUUAUGUAGGAGUUUAUUACUCUUGAAUUAGUUUUUAGUACAAGUUCUUUAAGUAUAAAAAACAGACAUUGAAAUGGAAAUUGUUAAUAUUUGAGGCCCAUUGUGAUUUGUAGGUAUUGAUUAAUUCUAUCAAUAUUUAAGGGAUUUCAAAAAUGUUUUUUAUUCAAGAUUUUCAAGAAGAUAGAUAUGUGUAUCUUUGCAUGUAUAUAUAUAUAUAUACAUAUAUAAUUAAAAUGUGAUACAAAAAUAUUUAUUUCUCUGAUUUAUAUGGAGUGUUUUUAUGUUUUGUGUAUCUGUAGAAAAAUUAUUUAAAAUUUGUUGUUUUACAUAAAAUUACCAUUCUGCAUUGAAGCUUCACUUUUUAUCAGUUUGUCAGUUAUGUAAAUUAAUUUUGAUAGAUAACACUGUGAUAUUAUUAUUCUAAAACCCAGUUUUUUGUGUAGUCAUAAGAAUAAAAAUUGGUUGUCCAAUAAAU